UAUGCUGGAGAAUGUUGUGACGCGAGGUCGGUUCUAUAUCAUCGGGCGGUUCGAGACUCUGUGUUAGGACUUGUUAGAAGCAAAAACAGUUGAAUGAUCACCAUAUAUUCCAAUCAUUAUCAUCGUUAUGAGCGGGGAAUGUGUGUAUGGCGGUGUUUAUUGUUACUGGGUUGAUUUGUAGCGAAACGUUGUGUUCUGACCUGGGAUGGACAGUGUAGUGUAUUGGGAACAGGAAGUGCAGAACUCCGAAUAACCCGCAUAUAACGUAUCAACCUUCAACAUACGAUGUGUUUUUGUGAAUGUUUGAAACCCUGGUGUAAAUUCGGAUGGAUGCUGCUUAGUUGUGAACACCAGGAAAGAUUGGUGUAAUUCCUAAGUGAAGAAAGUCUGAAAUACAGCGUUGAGUGGGACUGUUCAAAAAGUUCAUGGAUGCGUUUUGUUCUCAAAUGUAAUUCAAUUGGCGAAUAAUUUGUGUUCUUCUAAAUCUGUGGUUUAAGUAGUGUAUGUGCGCUUACCAUCAAUUCUGUGUUGAAGGGAAACUGUGAAUGCUAAGAAGUUCAUUAACGAGAACGAGCAACGGACAAAGAAGUUUGGGAAGUUGUAGAAAUCUCAGUAACCUGUUGCAGCUGAUCAUUACAAGAAGUGAGUUUUAAAUAAGGUUUGUCAAAAUUGCUAGUUUGGUCGAAAUUGUUCAAGUGUUAUAUGAAAUAUCCAACUAAAAAUCAUUCACUGAAAAUUUAAAGCGAAGAAAGUAGUGCAGUCUAGUGAAGAAACGUCGUAUACUCAACGGUGAAAAUAAAUGUAACGUUCAUGCGACAUUCCUGUUCAGUGAUUCCUGGAACAAGAACGCCAACAGGCCAACAUUAUUUUAUCGGAAUCUAAAUCUGGUGCUGGGGCCGGUCGUUCUUCGUUGCGUGUGCAGCCAGCGCCGCCAGAGAGAGGAUCGGUGUUCGUUCUCGGGCGGUUUUGCUGCUUCUUCUUCGGUCGGAUACCCGCAGCCGCGCGCAGUUAGUUUGUGUGUGGUGUGGCUUGGGAUAUAUUCACAUUAGUUGCGUUUUUCUUCCAUCUCUGCCCGUACACAACACCGCAACGCAACACACAACAUUCAUAAUUCAAGUUCGUCUCGUCUCUCUGGUUUGGGUUCUGGUCUGGCUUCACCGCAUCGCCUCCACCAGCCACCUCGCUAAUACUAAGCCCUAGGGUCGGUGCUUUGUGUGUGGAUGGAGUGGAAGCACCAGAACUGGCGAUGAGAGAAUAUGGAACCGGCGACCGACCGGAGCUGGAAUAUAAGUGUUUCCGAUUGUUCUGAUUGCUCUUCUGCACCGAAAUGCCAAAAUAAGAAUUCUUUCAUCGAAAGCAACCAGUUUCGUUUCUCGCACAACCGACGAAAAUCGACCCAGCAGGCAGCACCAAGAACAUACACCUUAAGUCAGCAUAAACUGCGAAGAGCUGCGGUUUCUGAUUGCACGAAAAAAAACUGCCACCGCUGUUGCCUUUUCGGCGACGCGUUUUGAGACCCCACAAUCGAUUCGUCGCACGGUGAUCGCGCGAGUUGAUUGGCCGCCACCGGUCGCCGCGUUUGUUGGUCAUCCAUGCUUUAAAGUGCCCAAAGAAAAAAGGAAGUUUCGCGAUUAGUCGUGGUGUACCGGUUGAUCGGUUUUAGUGUCUUAUUGGAAGUUCUUCGUCGAAUCUUAGGGGAAGAGCACCACUGUACUGUAGGUUGAGUACCGAGUGACGAAGGGUGUGGGUGGUCAACUCACGCGCGACACUUCCGCCGCACCGUGCCCUCUCGCAACCGGAAGUGACCAUUUUACAUCUAUCUACACAACAAAUUUCGCUGCGUUCGUUCGUUGGGGCGGUCGGUGGGCAGAGUGGGUGCCAUUAGCAUUCACUACCUGAAAGUAAUUGUUGCUUUGUGUGUGAUUUCCCCCGUUUGAUUUCCAUAAUUUCGUUCCAUUCCAGCCGGGGCGCUGUUUUAGUGAUGUGGUGGUUGUACGAAAGUUGAGGGAGAGUGAAGUGAAACACGUGAACGGUCUUGGUGUAUUGAAGUGUACAAAGGAAGAAUCGCUGGUCGUGGAUGGUGAAGAAUAAAAUUAUUAAGUGCUAUGAAUGAACUAAAUCCAGUAGUGUGUUUACGUGCUCGGUGUGUUUCGUGGAUUAUCGCUCUGUUGUAAUUGGCCCUGUGUUGUGUAGGCUAGCAGAGUGGAAUAAAAUAGUGUUCAUCGAAGAAAAGAAAAAUAAUCGAAAAGCCAUUCUCCGAAGAUGGGUUUGGCAUCGUCGAAGGCGGCCAACAGUAUCGCCGCCGGCAGUAGUAACCACGGUGGCGUCGGCGUCGGUCUCGGUCUCGGUGGAUCCAAACAUGACAGCUUAAUCGUCGAAACCCGGCACCACCGUGACCACCAUCCGGACAUACAGCAGCCAUGUUCGCUGCUACCGUCGCCCUCGAGCGUUAUCGACAGCUGGAAGCCGUCCAGUUGUCACGUACGGCAGGCCAGUAUCCGGUCGCGCAAUUUGCAACCCAUGCCGGACAUUGGCGAGCUGGAUCGACGGUUCGCAAAAGUACUGGCAUCCAUGGAUCUUCCGCCGGACAAGGCGAAGCUGCUGAAGAACUACGACAACGAAAAGAAAUGGGACAUCAUUUGCGAUCAGGAAAUGGUACACGCAAAGGAUCCUCCAGCCCAUUAUCUCACCAAACUACGAACCUAUCUAGAUCCGAAAGCUUCGCGAAGUCAUCGAAAACGAAAAAUGGUCGGCGAAUCCACCUCGACGCAAGUCCUUCGAGACUUGGAAAUAUCACUCCGCACAAACCACAUCGAGUGGGUGAAAGAAUUCCUAGACGACGAAAAUCAAGGCCUAGACGCACUCAUCGACUACCUCAGCUUUCGGCUGGCGAUGAUGCGCCACGAGCAACGAAUACAGGAGGCCAAGUCCGAAUCGGACGAAGGCCUUAAUCCCAAGGAUACGACCAUAGCGUCGUACGGAAGCAACGAAACGAACCACAAACUGGGCAGCACGAAUGGUUUCAUGAGGCCUGGUCUAGGCGAUAUGAUGGAUAGUCCCAGUAUAAAGCGGAGGUCGCGGCACAUCGCCAAGCUGAAUAUGGGCCUGACGACGGACGAUAUUCACGUCUGUAUAAUGUGCAUGCGAGCAAUUAUGAAUAAUAAGUAUGGUUUUAACAUGGUGAUUCAGCAUCGGGAAGCGAUCAAUUGUAUAGCGUUAAGUUUAAUACACAAAUCACUAAGGACUAAGGCCUUGGUCCUAGAACUGUUGGCAGCGAUAUGUCUGGUGAAGGGUGGCCACGAAAUCAUUCUAUCGGCAUUCGAUAACUUUAAGAAGGUCUGCUCCGAGCAGCGUCGCUUUCAGACGCUGAUGGAGUACUUCAUGAACUACGAGCUGUUCAAUAUAGAUUUUAUGGUUGCGUGUAUGCAAUUUGUAAAUAUCGUUGUACAUUCCGUGGAGGACAUGAACUACAGGGUGCAUCUGCAGUACGAGUUUACUGCGCUAGGGUUAGACGAAUAUUUGGAGAAGCUGAGGUUAACAGAAUCGGAGGAGCUUCAUGUUCAAAUAUCCGCAUAUUUGGACAAUGUGUUCGACGUGGCCGCCUUGAUGGAAGAUAGCGAAACGAAGACUGCCGCCCUCGAGAGGGUAAACGAACUGGAGGACGAACUGGGUCGUGCCUUGGACCAGGCUAGUGAAAUCGAACGGGAAGCACUGUUCAAAAUUGGGGAACUUGAAUCGGAACUAAGUCAAACGCGUGCCGAACGAGACGACCUCUGCAACAAACUACGAGUUGUUGAAGAGGAAAUUGCGAAGCUAAAACGAGCACUCAAACAACACGAACAAGAAUCCAAAAGUCGCCAAUCGAUGCUACUGGAGUUGGAGAAUCUCACCAAAACCCUACCGAAGGGAACUUCGAUAGCGGACGUAUCGAACAUGCUCGCCAACGGCGGAAAACUCUCCGAGCUCAGUCCCACGAGCAACGGUGGAGGAGACAAAGCCGCACCACCCAUUCCGCCACCCCCAGCUCCUCCAGCCCCACCAGCACCCCCAGUGGCACCUACACCUCCUCCACCACCCUGCCCGCCAGCGCCCAACCUCAACGGGGAUGCCCCACGAGCACCUCCGAAACCCCCUGCAUUCAUUCCACCUCCACCGGCUGGUCCCGGUGGAUUCAUGGGCAUGGGAGCCGGACAGAUGCACUGCACCGACGGUAACAUGACCAUCAAACGCAAAGUGCAAACCAAGUACAAACUGCCAACGCUCAACUGGGUCGCCCUGAAGCCGAACCAGGUCCGAGGUACCAUCUUCAACGAGCUGGACGACGAGAAGCUCCACCGGCAGAUCGACUUUAUCGACUUCGAGGAACGGUUCAAGAUCGGUAUGGGUGGACCGCUGACGAAUGGCAGCUGCGACAUGGACGGGCUUUCGACAUUCCCCAGCAAGCGGUUCAAGAAGCCGGAGCACAUUUCGCUGCUCGAGCACACGAGGUUAAGAAAUAUUGCAAUCUCUCGCCGCAAGCUGGAAAUGCCCGUCGAUAUUGUCAUCAAGGCGAUCAACAACCUGGAUCUCAAGCAGCUGUCGCUGGAAAACGUCGAACUGCUCCAGAAGAUGGUCCCCACCGACCAGGAGCAGAAGAUGUACAAGGAAUAUGUGAUAGAGAAGAAGGAUCUGAACCUGCUGAGCGAGGAGGACAAGUUCAUGCUGCAGCUGACCAAGGUGGAGCGGAUCUCGUCCAAACUGUCGAUCAUGAACUACAUCGGAAACUUCUUCGACAGUUUGCACCUCAUCAAUCCGCAAAUCUACGCCAUCAUCUCCGCCUCGUCCUCGAUCAAAUCGUCGAAAAAGUUCCGCUCGGUGCUUGAGGUCAUCCUGGCGUUCGGUAACUAUCUAAACAGCAGCAAACGAGGCCCGGCUUACGGCUUCAAGCUGCAAAGUUUAGACACCCUGCUGGACACCAAAUCCAACGACAAGCGGAUGAGCCUGAUGCACUACAUCGUGGCAACCGUACGGCAAAAGUUCCCCGAACUGAUGAACUUCGACUCGGAGCUGUUCUGCAUCGACAAGGCAGCCCAGGUUUCGCUCGAGAUUCUGAUCUCGGACGUGAACGAGCUGGAAAAGGGCAUGGAAUCGGUCCGGAAGGAGGCUGACCUACGGGGGAAGGGCACCCAGAACCAUGUGCUGCGGGAUUUCCUCAACAAUUCCGAGGAGAAGUUGAAGAAAAUUCGAACGGACUGCAAAACUGCGCAGGAUUCGUUCAAAGAGUGCAUCGAAUACUUCGGCGAAUCGUCCAGAAAUGCCGAUGCCAAUGCAUUCUUUUCGCUACUAGUCCGAUUUGUAAGAGCUUUCAAGGCCUGUGACCAAGAGAACGAGCAGCGCCGACGGCUCGAGCAGGCCGCCCUCCAGGCCGCCAACAAGAAGGACGACAACGAGGGUGUUGUCCUGCGGAACAACAAGAUCAACAACCAGAAGAAGCAACAG